GAUCAAGAGAAAGAAAGGCAGCGGCUCGCAACGUGGCUUACGACUUUCAACCCUUCUUCGAGGUAUCGAGUAAACCUCCAAAAUGCGUCACCCAACUCGGGAAGUUGGUUCCUGGAGACGAAGUUUCGACCCUGGGUGAAAGAAAUUUCAAGACAUUGCCCAAGGAUCUUGUGGUUGCGAGGAAUGUCUGGAAUGGGGAAAACAACCUUGCUAACUCUCGCGAUAAACUACCUCAGUAGCAGCGUUCAGCUCAAGUCUGUUCCCGCUGUUGCAUAUUUCUACUGUUCAUCCGAGGAAGACGAAUCUCAAGAUGUUGAGAUUAUGAUGAAAUCAUAUAUCAAGCAACUUUGCCAAGAU